AGAAGCAAACCAGAGAGAAUCGAGAAUGGAAGCAAGCGCGGAGGAGGAGAUCGUGAAAAGAGUGGAGGCCAUGGACGUCGUCGAUUCCAACGGAAGAUCGAUCAAAAUCCUCGAGCUUCUUCGUAGAUUUCUCGGCGUUCAGCAGAGAAGGGCGCAAGCUUACGCGAAGCUCCGGAGUGCUUUUGCUGAAUAUAUGACUAAUGGAGGGGAUUUGGCAUACCAACAACUUUGUGGAGAGAUAACAGUGGAAUUCAAUGAUUGUUCCAAGCAGGUUCUUGAAAUGGAAUCCCAGCUUUUAACACCUGAUCUUGCCCGUGGGGAUCUUGCUAGUCUUCUAAGGUCAGUCCAGUCAAAGGAGAAAGAGAAACUACAAAUGACUGCAAAGAUUCAGAUAUUAAAGAAGGCAGGCAGACCAUCAGAGCGGCUGGUGAGCCAUGAGCAUUGCCAUUACCACAACAAGCCAAUGUCACACGAGUGCUUGCAUAUUAAUGAGAUCACAGAGGCCUCAGGCACAGAGGAAGCGGAGGCUGAUGCCGAGUACGAUAAUGCUCUCAAGGAAGCCAUCCAGAGGGUGCAGGACACGGUUACUGGAAUCAAUGAACACUUGGAAGAGGUCAGGUAUGAGAUCGAAGCACUGCAGUCCGAGUAGCCAUGAUAAAAGAAAAACCUGAAGCAUUUGUUCUUGAUGUCAGGCUUACAUUUCUGAAUAUUGUCAUGAUCUGUAACAAUGUUACAUUAUUUGCAAAUGAAUAUAUUCAUUCAGAAGAUUUCACUUU